AUGGGUCGCAGAAGCCGCUGCAACCGGAAACGCAAGCAGGAAAACCUAGGUGACCCUUCCGCAAACUACGAUAAGAAUUAUCUACACGACUUUGAUGGGGAUUUGAUGAACUUGAAAACCGUGGACUUUUUGGAGGCUAUGCAGGUUAUGGUGGGUAUGACAGGAUAUCAUGAGCGACACUUACCAAGUCGGCCAUCGCGACCCUUCCAUAAAGGUCCAUGGGCACACCACUGGGAAGACGAGAAAGAUGGUAACUUUAUAGCGCAGUACUGGCUUCCAGAACAACCUGCUCCAGCUGGCAAGUUCCCCCUCGCCCCUAUGCCGGAAUGCGACGAAGCCCGUACAUGCGGUCGUCAGUCCACCUUCCGUAGUGCUUUUGGUUUGAAGGAAGGGUACGAAAUGGGAUUUUCCCAAAGAUUUGAAGACGGUCAUGGCCUGGCAGAGAUACGAGGUCAAGCAUGGGAAACAGGGUCUGGGUAUGGCCUGUUUUUCGGCGGCCAUGAAGAUCACUUCGAUGACUGA